AUGAACAAGUCCGUGAGGAUUCUAUUCCUUGUCGUCGCCAUAUUUGCAGCUUCUGCAGUUACUCUUUCCAAAGCAGAACAACAAUUCAACUCUGGAAGGAGGCUCUCAAGUCGUUUCCUAGCUGGUAUACCCUAUGGGAGCAUAAUGAACUGCAACAUAAACCCUAAAGUUUGUGUUGCAGAUGGAAGCGCAGGCCCAGAUUGCUGCAACAACAAGUGUGUGAAUCUGGAGAUAGAUUCAUCGCACUGUGGGAGAUGUGGGCAUAAAUGUGGACACCAGAAGAUAUGUUGCGAGGGAAAGUGUGUGAACCCCAUGAGGAACGAGAAGCACUGUGGCAAAUGUGGUAACAAGUGUGAUGAAUCCAGCUCCUGUGUCUAUGGGAUGUGCAGCUAUGCUUAA